AUGAAUCUCGUUCGACAGAUCCGCUUCCUUCAGGUUCUUAUUGCGGUCGCCACCGGUAGCAAGGUGGACUCUGCAUGUAAUCUUUUACACUCACUGCUGUCAGACAAGGUCGUUUUCCCAGGUAGUGGACCGUACAAUGAGUCAAUUGGUUCAUAUGCAUACGCAGGGGCACGGGUUCUACCCACCUGUGUUGCGGCCCCGGCGUCUACAGCAGAUGUCUCCUUGAUCGUCAAGACCCUUGGCGAGUGUGACUCGGUCCCUUUCGCAAUCCGCAGCGGAGGGCACAGUUCGAAUAAAGGCUUUGCUAAUGCUGAAAACGGCAUCACCAUCGAUUUGCGCGCCAUAGACGAAGUCCAGCUCUCUGAGCACGACGGCACCGUGUCCAUCGGAGCCGGCGCCUUAUCGCAACCUGUGUACGACGCGGUGGAACCCAAAGGCCUCUCCGUUCAAGCAGGUAGGAUUGGAGACGUAGGAGUCGGCGGUCUGAUAACAAACGGAGGCGUCAGCUUCUUUUCUCCUGAGCGCGGCUGGAUCUGCGACGACGUCACGAACUUCGAAGUCGUCCUGGCUUCCGGUGACGUCGUCAACGCAAACGCUACAUUCCAUCCGGACCUCUUUGUCGCUCUCAAGGGCGGCGGGAACAACUUCGGCGUCGUCACGCGCUUCGACUUGAAAAUCUUCCCCCAUGGUCCGCUCUGGGGCGGCCUCGUUGUGUUUCCCCUCGCUGACGACGUCGUGAAGCAAUUGUUAGAUGCGUUUACUGAGAUCAAGGACCCAAAGAACUUUGAUCCGCAUAUUGCGGGCUGGGUUCUGUUCCAGUAUGGAUCCGAGCCGAAUGCUGUCGCUUCGACGGGCAUGUACUAUACGCGUCCUGAGGCGGUAAAUGAGAGCCUAGCGCGGACCUUGACGGAUAUCAAACCGCAACUGUAUGACACCUUACGGAAUGACACUGCCGGAGCAUUCGCGAAGGAAUUGACUGCGGGAUCCGGCGCAUCGAAGUUCCAUCGACACUGGGCCGCCAUCACCAUCGCCAUCUCGCCCACGAUACUCUCCCGCAUCCGCACCUUCUGGAACGAGACCUCCAUCUCCCUCGUUGCCGAUUUCCCCACCGCAAAUCUCUUGACUUCUUACGUUCUGCAGUCAAUGCCCCCGGUUCCCUCUACGCCUAAUAGCCUAGGCUUCCCGCCGGACUCUCACCCUGAGAGGAACCUUAUAAGUGUAGAGGUCAUUCUGGAUUUCGAGGAUGGUGCCGCUGCGGAGCGUUUGGUGAGCGCGAGCAAGGAGAUGGUGAAAGGGAUCGAAGGAAUUGCGCAGGAAGAGGGCGCGUUGAGAUCGUUUAAAUAUGCGAAUUACGCGGGCGCGUGGCAGGAUGUGCUGGGAGGUUAUGGGGAGGAAUCGGUCCGGCUGAUGAGGGAGGUGAGCAAGAAGUAUGAUCCUGAGGGUGUCUUCCAGCGGCAGGUUAAGGGUGGGUUCAAGCUUUUUGCUUGA